UUUAAAGAUGGCGCUCUCCAUGAAAUCGUUAUUGUACAUUAUUUUUGGUAUUAUUCAACUUUCGUUGGCUCAGAUAGAAUUUGAUGAAACAUUGCUGGAACACAGAAAAGAUGGUUUGUGGCUCGUUGAGUUUUAUGCACCAUGGUGUGGUCAUUGUAAGAAGCUGGAGCCCAUUUACCAUGAAGUGUUUGUAGAGUUACGUAACUCGCCUAUCAGAGUUGGCAAGGUGGAUGGAACACGUUUCUCUAGUGUAGCAUCAGAGUUUGACAUUCGAGGAUUCCCAACUAUUAUUUUUAUAGAUGGUGAUAAAACAUACACACACAGAGGCGAUAGGACCAAAGAUGACAUUGUACAGUUUGCUUUAAAAGCUCAAGGGCCUGCAGUGAGGAAGUUAGCUAGUGUGGGCAGAUUCAACGAAGCAAAGAGUCAACACAGUGACAGUGUUUUCUUUCUUUACAUCGGACAAGAUUCUCCUGAUGAAGAAUUGUUUACAAUGUAUUCUUCAGUUGCUGAAAAGUACAUAGUUCACAGCUACUUCUAUGCAGGACAAAAACAGAUUUUAUCCAAGAAACAGAAAGUACGUGUGAAUAGUUAUCCGACAGUACUGGUUUUCAAGGAUGGCCUAUCAUUUGAGUAUCAAGAUUCAGACGGUGUCCCGAGGAAGAGUUCUCUGGAAUCAUGGGUUAAACAGCAGAAGUUCACGGUGUUUCCUAAAGUUUCUGGAGGGGGAAUAAACGAGAUGGCUGACUCUGGGAAAUACUUGGUCAUUGUUGCAGUGGAUGAAAACGCAAACAACAAGGAUGAUGGACAAAGAGUGAAACUCAUAGCUGAGCUGGUUGCCAAACAGUACAGACACCAGUUUGAUAAUUUUCAGUUUCUGUGGAUGCCUGAUGUUGAGACUGUAAACAGUAUCUCGAUGUCAUUCUUCAGUUCCCCAGCUAUCAUCGUCCUUCAUCCGGAAACUCACCUCGUCUACUCACCAGAAAUCGACAUUACCGAGCUUACCAUUGACUCUCUUAAAACCUUCCUCACCGAUGUGGUCGAUAAAAAAGUUGAAGGUUUUGGAGGAACAGGUUUUAUACAGAAGCUGAAGAGACUGUUCUAUGAUCUAUUGUCAACUGUCCUGGGUAUCUGGCAGGCGUCUCGCUGGCUGUUCUUGCUGAUGUUUGGUCUGCCCACGGUGAUCAUCAGCGUCGUCUGCUACAGUUUGUGUUACAUGGAGCCCAUCGAUGAUCUCCCCGAGGAAUCCGAUGAGGAUGAGAUCGAAGAGGAGAGAAUUGGAGAUGGACAAGGCCACACCCAUCCAAACUCUUUACAUGCGAAAAGUGAAUAGAACAAACAAAUAAAAAACUGUGAUCGCUGUCAGUGAAUUGACAACAAACCAUUCAAGAGCUGCAAUGAUUCUUGCCUCAUCUCUAACAAAUCAGCAUUUAAAGCUAUGACGGUUCUUGCAGUUAUAUCAUAACCCAUAAAGAAAGAGGUGCAUUUUUUACAACAAACCAGGAAUGAUUGCAUUGAUUCUUAUUGAAUUUACAACAAAAUGGAAAGAGUGCACUGGUUCUUACAUAAUUUACAACAAACCCAGGAAUUAAUACAUUGAUUCUUACAGAAUUUACAACAAACCAAGAAUGAAUACAUUGAUUCUUACUGAAUUUGCAACAAACCAGGAAUGAAUACAUUGAUUCUUAUUAUUGAAUUUACAACAAACCAGGAAUGACUGCAUUGAUUCUUACUGAAUUUGCAACAAACCAGGAAUGAAUACAUUGAUUCUUAUUAUAGAAUUUACAACAAACCAGGAAUGACUGCAUUGAUUCUUACUGAAUUUACAACAAACCGGGAAUGAAUACAUCGAUUCUUACUGAAUUUACAACAAACCGGGAAUGACUGCAUUGAUUCUUACUGAAUUUACAACAAACCGGGAAUGAAUACAUUGAUUCAUACUGAAUUUACAACAAACAGGGAAUGACUGCAUUGAUUCUUACUGAAUUGUUACCAAAUUGAAAUGAAACCAGAAAAGAGCUGCAAUGAAUCUUGUUAAAUUUAUAGUAAAUUAGAAAACGUUGAGAAAAGGGCUGCAGCAGACCAAGAGAAAUGAACUAGUCAUAAUUAUAGUAUAAUAAUUGUAAAGUGUAAUUAUUUGUUAUAAAAGCUUGGAUUGGUCAAAUUAAUAUCAGGGCCCAUGUUUAUAAAAAUGUUUCGAGUCUAUAUUCAAAUCUUAUGACAUCGCAUGCAUGCAGUUUGUAUGCGUUGCCAUGUCGUUAAAGUAUCAGGAGACUUGAGUCAAGACUUUAAAUGUUUUAUAGUCACAGGGCAAGAUGAUUUAAAAACCUGGGCCCUUAUUUUUCGAAGCAAUCUUAGCGUUAUGAAAUCGUAAAACCAUCGUAGGGUAUGACGUCACUACAGAACACGCCACAGUGACUGCCUCAGCAGCCAUAUUUUAUAUUAAUACCUUACCUGAAUAUUUUAUGCCUGGAACAUUAGCUUGUGUCAGAUUUACAGUUUGUGACCUCUUAGGUGGAGUUGAUAUCACAACCUGGUCACAGUCAGAUUCCAAAUAUGACCAUAGUAUGAUAUGUUAAUAAUAUUUUGACAGAGGUUAAUAAAAAAAAAUGCAAUACCUUUGAUGUCAAAUAUUAUUAAUUCAUUUUCAAUUCAUGUAAAUAAUUAAUAUAGACAAUUGAUUUAAUUUUAAUGAUAUUCAUAAUUGUGAAAAAUGGAGCUGAUUUACACACUCGAGUAUAAACAGCUAUGUGUUAGUGGAUAUCAAGAUCUGGUUACUGUCAGAUUCCAAAUAUGGCCAAAGAAUGAUAUGUUAAUAAUAUUUUGAUUCUUGUUUUGACAGAUGUUAAUGAAAAUGCAACAACUCUGAUGUCAAAUACUAUUCAUUCAUCUUUUUAAAAAAAUCAAUGUAAAUAAUUUAUAAAGACAAUUCAUUUAAUGAUAUUCAUAAUUGUGAAACAUGGAGCUGAUUUUCACACAUAAGUAUGAACAGAUGUGUGUUAGUUAAUUGCCGUCAUUGAAAUAUAAAUUGCCAUAGGUAGAGAACAACAAUGGCAAUAGGUCAUAUAUUAUCUGCCAAUAUUUAACACUUGUACAUUUGAAAUAGGUCUACAUACAGCAAAAUAACCUUUCAGUCUUAUUUAUUUGCUGCAAAUGUCACUUUAAAAAAAAUAAAAAUUGGUG